GCGCGCGGGAGAGCCUGAAGGAAUAGGCCGCACGUCGGCGAGCUGCAGUUUAUGUAUAGUUAGUUUAGUUGUUCCUGGCAGUAAAUACAGUCCCUGGUUUUUAUGUAUGCGUCACUGGCGAAUGUAAGUACUAAGUUUAUUGAUUAUGAGUGAUAAGUGACGCUGUACUUAUUUAGUUUACUUAAUUGCGCGGCUAGGUUAACGUGACCUGCGUACUGUUAUAAUUAUCGCUGACGAGUGUUCCGUUGUAUACCUGGGAAAGAUAUUUGCGUUAAUUUCCCGUCCAAUCAUUCCCUCUAAUACGAAUUACUGCUAAUGUAAUGUAUUGUUGUGGGUAUAGCCGAACUUAUCAAUGUUAAGGCGAUGUGGUACAAUUAUGCAUUAUGUUAGCGUAUUAUGGUAAUAACCAUUGUAAGCACUGUGGUAAUUUGUUUUUCCUGUUUACUUGUUAUAGAACCAUACAUAAAUACAAACUUACUUACCAACCCACUUCGUCUGAGUGUGCAUCCCACUGACCUCAAGUAAGAUAAGCCAGAGUACAACUAAUUGAAUAUAACAAUGAAAAGAUACAAACAUCAGGAUUUUACAGGGCAUAUUUAGGGAUUUGCAAUCAAAUUUUCCAGAAUUUUACAAAAAUACCGAGAGGAUGACAUUCAGCGCCAGUACUGGGAGCAAACAGCCAUUCAGCCCCAGUGUCCUGCCUUCCGAGUCAGACGGCCAUGCUUAUCAUUUUUGUUACUGAUUCGUGGCAGCAGGAAUGAUGUUCGCUUGUGUGUGUGUCAACCAACCAUGGUUUGCCUUCAUUACUGUGUCCCCAGCAAACUUUUUCUGUGCUGUAAUUUCCUGCAGUGAUUACAGCCCGCGCUACACUACAUACUAAUAAAGCGUAAUGCUUCAGAGUGUGAAAACAUACUUCACUCCUAAGGUGGACCAGGUGAAUUUUCUUUAUUGAAAGCCAACUGUGGUAUAGAAUGAGAUCAUUUUGGACCUGAUUUUUAAAAUGUUCUUGCAUUGUGAUGUAGAUAGCAAAUUUGGAUGAUUUGAUGCAAACCGAAGCCUGCGUUUGAUGGCAGCCGUAUUCUGCUAUUCCUGUUAGACCUGUGCUUUUAAAUUCCCCUUGGAAACACCCAUCAGCUUACAAUGAAUGUGCCAUGAUGAUGUGGACUCCUGGGUCACUUUUUGAGCUGAAAUAGCCAGGAUGGGGGCAAACUUUCUCAAGGAAAGUUCCUCCAGGGAUGGCAGACUGAGCUCCAGUGGAUCAGGCAGGGCUCACAAGCUGGGCUUUAAUCCCCUGGUGAAGCUGGUGGCGGAUGUGAUCUUGGCAUGGCGAGCCAGAGUUGGAGUGACAACGGGCCCUAUGCCUGCCAAGUUUCCUUUUUACAUCCCAUCAUAACGUGGAAACCAACCCCUCCCGACUGCAGCUUGGCCAACCAAUCAGAGGCUCCAAUUACUUGUGAAGGAUUUCUUUUCACCACUUCUGCAAAGAAGUCUGACAUCACUAAGAAUCGCAGAUGACCUUGGCGUGCAAACGUGGUUCUCACCAUGCUUAAAACUGCAGGCCUGCUCUUCGUUGAAUAAAAGAUGUCAUCUCUUCUACUCCUCUUUCGUCAUCCUCAUGGAUCUUUCCAUCACCCUUAUUUCUGACUCUCUCCUGUUCCAUCUUCAUUUUAGAGAAUGCUGCCACAAUACCUAAUGGUGAAACAGGCAAAUUGGUGAGAUGAAUAAAAAAUUCUGGAAGAAAACACCUGGGAUUGGGUUUGAUAUUAUUCUGAAAAUAUGACAUUUUCAAAAUACACAGUAGCAGUUCUAACUAAUUCUAGUUUUUGGUAACACUUUAUUUGAGGGGGCACAAAUAAUAUAGUAUUAUGCUAUUACUAAUGUAUUAAUUAACCACAAUAUACAUCUGUUACACAAAGAUCUCAUGUUUGUUCAUCAUUAAUGAAUAAGACAAGUGAAAUACUGAUCUGAUGUUUGCAUCAUUAAUAUAUCGUGAGGCAUCUCAAGCUGUUACUAUAUUUGUUACUGUGUUUGUUCUGUAACCGUUUGUGAGCUACUGAAGGAAUUACUGAAGGUCAAAUGCACAAUAUAUGCUCAUCUGUUCAUCAUAAAAAAUCACGAUGCAUCAUUUAUUUCAAGUAGUGACUAUAUUUGUCCAUGAUUUGUACUUCAGUAGUAACUGACUUACUUCUAAGUAAUUUGUGGCCCCCAAGUAAAGUGGGCCGACUUUCUUUGGGGAGGUGGCCAUGACCUUAUAAGAGUGUCAUAUUCCAUUCCUGUUGGAUUUCUUAUUAAACGUUAAAUUAAGAGCAAAUGAAUCAUAGUUAAUACAAGCUUUAAUUUACGGGCAGGUUUUACUUUAUUGACAGUUUACACAUGCCUCACUGUUAUGCCUUCGUUUGCACAAGUCACGACCCAGUUUAGACCGGAAACCCGAACUGGGCUGUGCACGAGCAGAUAAGUAUCAUUUCCGCUCACUACGGUUUCACGGCAGCUGGGCGAUUUCACAAAUUGAUUUAUUGCAGUUUAUUUAAACAUAGGUUGUACUUAGCACUUAUUUGAAUUAUUGUGGAUAUAUGUGUUUUUAAAUUACAAGGAUUAUUUUAUUUAAAAAUAGUAUUUAGCACGAUUUGGGUUAUUACAGUUUAAUAAUAGUUUAUAAUUAUGACAUGUUAUAAUAUAUUUUUUAAUUAUUAUAAUCGUAUAUUUAAAUAAUUUGUACUAAAAAAAAAGUAUGUGGUACAUUGGGAGGAGCUUAAAUUUGGCUCCGCUUAUGACGUCAUAAGCGGGAGGGGGAGCGUAUCCCUUAUUCUGAUUGGUCGAGGGGUUAUCUCCAUAUACUGUAUAUUGCCGAUAGGGGGCCAUAUGGUUUGGGUGAUAAGGGUUGCCGUUAAACUUUAAUAGAAUAAAAAUACAUUACAUGUAUUUAUUUGUGUUAAUUUUAAUUAUGUUUUUAAGGAAUAAUAAAACAUAUGGCAGGAUGAAUGCAAGCUAGCGCAUACACGUCUAGCAGGGCCCGUCCGGCCGCAGGCACGGGUUGUUAGGAGUAGGCACAAGCGCCACAGCGUAUUUUAAAAGAAUGUGGGGAUCUGAUCGGGCUGGUAGGAGUAGUUGCAUGGCACUGGUAAUUACACUAUAUUGGCAACCACUUGAGCCAGGUCAUAUGACCUACCAGGAAGUUAUAAAAGGCUGCCAAGAUGGAAUCUCAUUCUCUUGCUGCUGUGUCUUACAACUGGACAUGGGGGUGACUGCUAGCAGCAUGUAACUCUUCAUGGAGGACGCGGAGGUGACUGCAAUUUUAUCAUUUGACGUGAUCCCCUACGGGCUGCUGGGCUACAGACAUUGAGGCUCUGUGCCCUGGUUGUUGCUAUGGGCUAAGUUGUAAGUGUCCAUCCAUCCAUCCAUCCAUCCAUCCAUCCAUCAUCUUCCGCUUAAUCCGGGGUCGGGUCGCGGGGCAGCAGUCUCAGCAGGGAGGCCCAGACUUCCCUCUCCCCGGCCACUUCAUCCAGCUCCUCUGGGGGGAUCCCGAGGCGUUAGUUGGGCCUCCUGAGCCGAGAGCUGCCCGUGCUGACCUGACCUUACUAUCUGGAGGAUAGUCAGCCGCCCCCCCCCCCCCCCAGCAACCUUCUUUGUCUAAUUGAUUUUAGAUAUUUGUAAUAAAGUGGAUUGGAUUUUAUUUUUACAUGCCUCUUUGUUAUUGUCCCUUUGCGUGGGGUUCGAACUUGGCCACGUUACAGAAGGAACAUUAGGGGUUCCUCCUGCCCUUAACAGGAGGUAGCGUAAUCAGAGCAGUGUGGGUAUUCUGUGCUUUGGGCACCACAAGAAAGCACCGAAAUGUUUUAAAGAAACUUUAGCGUUAUUUUAAAAGAAAAAGAAUCAAGGAAUAACCCAGUUAAUUCUUGUUUAAAUAAAUUAACGCAAGAGAGUCGGCUCUUUAAAGAAAAUACUGUGGCUCUACGCGCAUGCGCUACAUGCGAGCGAGCCAGAGAGGAGAGCGCAUGCGCUCUUUUAAACAAGAAUUAACCGCGUUAUUCCUUGAUUCUUGUUGAAAUGAUUAGAGCGUUUUACUUUAUUAUUCACAUUGGCAGAAAAGUGCUUCAUUACUUAAACUCCUAUAACAUAACGUUUUUUAUUUGAAAUAGGCGCUCUGCUGGUGUCGUUUUUUUGAAACGGGCUGGCCACUUCGGUCUCAAACAGACCUGCCGAUUACGGCCGAGCUCUGGGACUCGCUCAUUUCGCCUUUUGGCCUAUUCUGAAAGUUUGCUGUUAAAAUACUUUAUUCAACCUAACACUGGUAAAUACCGCUAAAGUUUUUCUUCUAAUUCUUUAAGCAUGUUGAUUAAAUGUAAUGAGUUUAAGUGCUUUCUUUUAAAACGACGUGCUGUAUUUUAAUUGGUUUCACUUGUGCUUAUUUGAACUCAGCAUUUGCUCUUUCUUUCGGGCAUGUUUGUACUUGUUUGAAUUCCGCCUGAUUUUAUUUUAAAACGACGCUAAAGUUUUUCUUAAACAUUUUGGUGCUUUCUUUUAAAAUACGGCGUGGCGCUUGUGCCUACCCCUAACACAUGGCCGCGGCCGGACGGGUCCCCGCUGGACGUGUAUCUUACAUUCAUCCCGUUAUGUUUUAUUCCUUAAACGUAAUUAAAAAUACAACAUAAUUACAUGUAAUGUAUUUUCAUUCUAUUAAAGUUUAAAGGCAACCCCUAUCACCAAAACCAUAUGGCCCCCUAUCGGCAACACGUGUAAUAGACAUUUGGAAUAUUCCUGAUAUUUAACAUCACCUACUCACAUUCAAUUGAAAACACCUGACUCUUCUUCGUUUUUAAUGCUUUAUUUACAAAUAUUUACAUCUUGCAUCAUCUGCCUUGCUUUGUACUCCUCCACCAUUGCCUUGUACACCUCCACCAUUGCCAUGUACUUCUCCACCAUUGCUUUGCUCUCCUCCACCUUUUCGUUGUACUCCUUCACCGUUGCCUUGUACUCCUCCACUGUUGCUUUGUUGUGCUCCACUGUUACUUUGCACUCCUCCACCGUUGCAUUGCACUCCUCCACCAAUCCCUUGAACUUGCACUCCUCCAAUCCCUUGCACUUGCACUCCUCCAUUGCCUUGCACUCCUGCUCUAUUGCCUUGCACUCCUGCUCUAUUGCCUUGCACUCCUCCUCCAUUACCUUGCUCUCCUCCACCAUUGCCUUGCACUCCUCCAUUGCCUUGCACUCCUCCUCCUCCAUUGCCUUGCACUUCUCCUCCAUUGCCUUGCACUCCUCCAUCACCACUGCCUGGCUCUCCUCCUCCAUCACCACUGCCUGGCUCUCCUCCUCCACCACCAUUACUGCCUGGCUCUCCUCCUCCACCACCAUUACUGCCUGGCUCUCCUCCUCCACCACCAUUACUGCCUGGCUCUCCUCCAUCACCACCACUGCCUGGCUCUCCUCCUCCAUCACCACCACUGCCAGGUUCUCCUCCAUCACCACUACUGCCUGGUUCUCCUCCUCCAUCACCAGCACUGCCUGGUUCUCCUCUAUCACCAGCACUGCCUGGUUCUCCUCCUCCAUCACCACCACUGCCAGGUUCUCCUCCUCCAUCACCAGCACUGCCAGGUUCUCCUCCUCCAUCACCACCACUGCCUGGCUAUCCUCCACCACCACCACCACUGCCUGGCUGUCCUCCUCUUCCUCCACCACCACUUCCUGGCUGUCCUCCACCUCCUCCACCACCACUGCCUGGCUCUCCUCCACUGCCUUUUUUCCUUUCCCUUUUUUUGCAAAAAACCUCCUUAGCCAGGAUUUCUUUUUCUUUCCUCUGUCCUUCAUUUUUCUUUCCUCCUUUCUUUCUGUACCUUCCCCAGCUUCGUUUGGUACCGCUGGCGGCCUAAUACAAUUAAGAAAACACCAAGUCAUAUUGAGAUGAGUCUUGUUCAAUGUCUGAUUUGUUUUGAAGUGGUAUUAGUGCCUACAGCUCUGUUUAUACCUUCCGAAUGAUGACAUCAGAGUUGUCGCGGUAACAUUAUGUU